AUGGCUUCCAACGAGACUGCCCCGGGACCAGGCUUCACGGCUGAUGAAGGCACUUUCAUUGGGUUCAUCACAGAGGCUGUUCUCUAUGGCAUCUACGUCGUGCUGUUCUUUAUGGCGAUGUAUGUCCUGGUCUGGAUACGAAGAGGACCAGUCAGCAAAAUAAUGGUCUCCGUCACUGUUUUCUUGUUUUCCCUGUGCACUGUGCAUUUCGCCAUACAGUUUGCGAACGCGUAUCAGGCUUUGAUGCUUCACCCCGGUAAUUCAAUAUCAACAGAAACGCCACUUCUAAGGACUGGUGAUAUUCUCCUGAGCAUUACAGAUUUCACGGCAGAGUUGGUCCUGAUUUAUCGUUUAUGGCUAGUCUGGGGCUGCAACUACUAUAUUGCCAUCCUUCCCUUCCUCAUGUCUCUCGCCGCCAUUGCCUCCUACAUGGCCGUAACAGGUAUCGUGGCCCAGAUUGACCCCUCGGCCUCACUCGCACCCACAAUCGUCGUCCCACUUGGCACCGCCUCUUUCGCGCUCUCGCUCGCUGUCAACUUCGUUACGACCUCCCUCAUCAUCGGCCGCAUCUGGUACAUGUCCCGUGGCACCUCGAUCGCGAGGCGGGACCGCAAUGACGCCGUGAGGAUUGCGACAGGCGUCAUCAUCGAGUCCGGCGCGCUCUUUUUCAUGUUCCAGCUCCUGUUUGUGGUGUUGUUUGCGAUUCAGCAUCCAGCGCAGGCUGUUGCAAUCGAGAUGUGCAUUCAGAUCUACGGCAUCGCUCCGACACUCAUCAUCGUCCGCAUUGGCCUUGGCUCCUCCUUCGACCAGACAACAGUGCGCAAAUCCACCAUUCGGUUCACGUCCGCCCCGCCCAAUGGGGUGGCCACCAUAGACAACGGUGCGACAGACACAAUGCACAGUGUUGAGAAAUCGCCGACGUCAAAACGUGACUUCUUUGGUUCUACGACGUUCUCACAUACCAACGGCUCGAUCGAGCUGGAGGACGUGUGA